AAAAAUGGGCAUAUGUUGUCAUGGAGGACCAACCUCUGCAAAAACCGAAAUAAAUUUUAUGCCAAAGAAUUAAAAUAAAAAAUUAUUCGAUGAUUAAAUAUAAUAUGAGAAUGCUAAAAUUCAAAUAAUAAAUACACAAUAAAACUAGAAUAUUAAACAUUAAUAAACAAAGGAAUAAAGCGAAACAAGUAAAGAAAACAAAUAAAUUUCUGAAGAAGAAGAAAACGAGAAUGAGGAAGAAGAAAACUUAGAAGAUAAUCCUAAUAAACUAGAUUUGGAAGGAGUGGAUGAUGAAUAAUUAAUAAAGUAAAUAAAAAUACAUGCCCCAAAACUAGAUAUUGCUAAAAGAUUAAAAUAAGAACCAUAAAUAAAUUCAAAAACAAUAAUAAAUGCAUUAAAUAAAUAUGGACCUUUUAUUUAUGAUAAAUAAUUGACUAACAAUAAGGAUCUUCCUUUUUUGGGUCCUUAUUAAUUUCCUGAUCAUUCUAUAUAUGUAGGUUAAUGGAAAUAUGGUUAAAGACAUGGUUAAGGCAAACAAUUUAAUGAGAAUAGUGGAUUAUAUGAAGGAUACUGGUCUGAAGAUUUAGCUAAUGGAAAAGGAAGACUGAUUCAUGUUAAUGGAGAUAUCUAUGAAGGUUAUUGGAAACAUGAUAAAGCUAAUGGAUAAGGUUUUUAUCAUCAUAUUGACGGAGUUUGCUAUUAAGGUGAAUGGCUAGAUAAUAAAUAACACGGAUAUGGCGUUGAAACUUGGUCAGAGGGAAAUAAAUAUGAAGGAAAAUUUGAAAAUGGGAAAAAACAUGGUAAAGGGUAUUUUACUUGGGCUGAUAAAUCUUCUUAUGAAGGAUUAUUCUCAUAUAAUAUGUUUAAUGGAUAAGGAAUUUAUUAAUGGGCAGAUGGUAGAAGAUAUGAAGGAGAAUGGAAAAAUAACAGAAUGAAUGGUAAAGGAGAAUUCACAUGGCCUGAUGGAAGUAAAUAUACUGGUGAUUAUGUUGAUGAUAAGAAGCAUGGUCAAGGAAUCUUUGAAUGGAAUGACUUAAGAAAAUACAUUGGAACAUGGAUGAAUGGAAAAUAACAUGGAAAAGGACUUUAUAUAGGUAUGAAUCAAUAAGAAAGAGAAGGAGAGUGGGUUGAAGGUAAAAGAGUAAAAUGGAUAAAAAAUAAAAUUGAAGAUUAAUAAUGA